CGCUCAAGUAACAAUCCACACAAUGUCGUCCGGCAACAGCCCCAACAUUCAGCUGAAUAUAGACCCGAGACCUAGCUAGUAUGUAACUAGCUGCUUCAAGCUAAAAGCUAGCUGGCUCGACCAGAUAGAUUAUUCGUAGAUUUUGCUAUUCGCGCGCGUGUUUCACAAGCGUUUUUGUUAUUUUCAGUACGAUUUUUAGUACGUAUCAGUCGGGAAUUGUUGAUUCUGCUGCUGCAAUAGCAUCAUCGUUGCGCAUCGCGCGGACAUUGUCCACUUUAGUUUCAAUUUUCGCGAUAAUUUAAUACAGAUUGAAUUGCAUUAAAUUAAAUUGGGCGAAAAUCAGGGUGGAUUUCAAGUUUCGGUUCUAACACUUCCGCAUUAGUUAAUUAUCGUUUGCGGGCACGUUCUAAUGGAGAUAUGCUGAUACGUGAAAUAUUAUUGGAGUAAAUGCAUUCUUAUAAAUCAUAAACAGUUCAAUUAGAGAGCUUGCCUGGAACGGGCCUGCUCUAAACAGAUUGAUUCAUUUCAAAACAAUAAGUGCCAUAAAAUAUCCAAUGAUUGUGUUUUUCAACAAAGUGCCUACUUAUGAAACACCAAAACUGAACAGAAACACAUAAACAACAAUAAAUUAUGUCUUCCUUCAAACAUCAGAGACGUCCAAGUGUUUCGGAUUGGUUCUCAUCCCUGCGUAGACAGCCCAAGAGCAAAAAACUAGGAUCUGCACCCAGCAAAGGAUUGCAACGAAGCUGUAUUGAUUUAUCUGGCUCAAACAGCACGUUCUACAAUGAUGUUUACGAAUACAGCGACGAUAAAAGUUUAAUAAACACAAAAAAUGUUCGUGAUUUCUGUUCCCAAUGCUGUUGCAAGACUACUUCAUCGUCCGGCUCAUCAUCGCCCUCAGCAUCACUUUCAUCUGCCACAAGAAAGAUUGAUGAUACAAUGAAACUAAUCCAUCGCGAUGAAAAGAAUGAAUUCAAAAUUAAAACGGAUCUUACAACAGAUAUUCAAAUUUCUCAACUGCCACAGAAUGAUAGUGCGUUAAUGUUUAAGAAGAGAUCGGAAUUCAAGAAAACCACCACAAUGACGGUGACACGAACUACAAUCCUGAAAAGGACGAAUCGUGUUGGUUUGGUGUUUAAUGAGAAUGGUGAGCUUAUUACGGAUCUGGAUACAUUGCGGGCGAACAGUUUGAAUUCGUUAUUGGAUGAGGAUUCGUUUAGGCCACAUAAAUCAUUUGAUGGUGAUUUUUUGUUCAUCGAUGAUAGUUCAUCGUGUCCUAGUGAUAUUAAUGAAGAUAGUGGGGGAAAUAAUGGUGAUAAAGUUAGCAAUAGUUGUAAUAAUAAUAGUAGUAAAAAUAUUUGUCCAAAAUGCUUCGGCAAUUUGCAAAUUUCACAUGUGGAUACUAUGAAUGCAAAAAGGAUAAAGCAAAUAAAAGAUGAAUUGUGUGAAGUUGUAAAUGAAAUGGAAGCCCUCGAUUCACAAGAUGACUGCAAACAUUCCAACAAGGAUAAACAAAUGUCGAUAGGACGUAAGAAAUUUAAUAUGGAUCCAAAGAAAGGCAUUGAAUAUCUCGUGGAUAAUCACCUCCUACGUAUGGUACCGCAAGACAUAGCACAUUUUUUAUAUAAAGGCGAAGGCUUAAACAAAACAGCUAUUGGUGAUUAUCUCGGCGAAAAAAAUGACUUUAAUGAACAAGUACUCAAAGCUUUUGUAGAACUCCAUGAUUUUACGAAUCUAAUUCUAGUUCAGGCAUUAAGGCAAUUUUUAUGGUCAUUUCGUUUGCCCGGUGAAGCACAAAAAAUCGAUCGUAUGAUGGAGUGUUUUGCACAACGCUAUUGUCAACUUAAUCCCGAUAUAUUCACCAAUACAGAUACAUGCUAUGUACUUAGCUUUGCCAUUAUUAUGCUGAACACAUCGUUACAUAAUCCGUCGGUCAAGGAGAAACCAACCGUUGAGCAAUUCAUAUCAAUGAAUCGUGGCAUCAAUAAUGGUGGUGAUCUCCCUAGAGGUUUACUCGAAUCUUUAUAUGAAUCGAUACGAACUGAACCGUUUAAAAUACCACAAGAUGAUGGUAAUGAUCUAAUGCACACGUUCUUUAAUCCGGAUAAAGAAGGAUGGCUGUGGAAACAGGGCGGAAGAUAUAAAUCAUGGAAAAGACGGUGGUUCAUACUCAAUGAUAAUUGUUUAUAUUAUUUUGAAUAUACAACAGACAAAGAGCCAAGAGGGAUUAUUCCAUUAGAAAACAUUUCGGUACGAGAAAUACACGACCGCAGUAAACCACAUUGCUUUGAACUAUAUGCUUCUGGCGGAGCAGAUAUCAUUAAAGCCUGUAAGACUGAUUCAGAAGGAAAGGUAGUUGAAGGCAAACAUACUGUGUAUCGCAUGUCAGCGGCUACCGAGGAGGAUAAACAGGAGUGGAUCAAACGAUUGACCCAAUCAAUCAGCCACAAUCCCUUCUAUGACAUUUUAGUACAAAGAAAGAAAAAAGCUUUAGCAAAGAGUUAGUAUUAACUAAACAUAGAAGACUAGGAAGCCAUGUGAAAGAUCAGAAACACCAUCAAAAUGCAUGGAGACGCUAUACAUCAUCCAUAUCCUCAUGUGAAUGUUAACAACAUUCUGUCUAGAGCAUCAGGCAAUGCGCCGAAUUAAAAAUGAACAAACAAACGUGAACCGAUUGCAACAAAUCAACAACAACAAAGCUACUUGUAAUUAUUUAUUUAGCACCGAAAGUAUGUAAUUGUUUAAUGUUAUUCAAUUCUAUAUUUUGUCUUAUUGUGAUAAACAUUAUUUUUCUUCAAGUACUAUUGAUAUUUUUUGUAGUAUGUACACCAUCUAUGAGAGGAUCUAUUUGUAUUUAAUGCCUUAAGUGUUGUAAACUAGGUUAGAAAUUCAAUUAUUACAAAACACAAGAAAAUAGCUAAGAAAUUUACAAAAAAGAUCCACCACAUCCUCUGGCGACUUUUCUCGUUGUCAGAAUAGAAAAAUCGAGACUAUAUAAAUUUAGUCAGCCAAGAAGAAGGGAAAGAUAAGAAUAGAAUAAAUAAAUAGAAAUCAAAAAUUGAAAAUUGAUUCAAAUCAAUGUACAUACAUUUUAGGGUAUUUAUUUCUUUACUUUUCAAUGCGCGAUAGUUUUAAUGGUUUUGUAUAUUUGAUUGAAUCGCCGCCAGUCGUUGGUUGUUUACACAAAUGGAGUUGUUUCAAUUCAAAGAGAAAAUAUAGGAAUAGAACACUUAGUUGUUAUGAAUAGGAAAAAAAGAGAAGAGGCUGAAUAAUUUUACUGAGUUUAUACACGUUAUUUGUUGACUAUGUGUAAACGAUCUAAUAAUAAACUCUUGUGCUUCACUGCUUUCUGUGUAGAUCAUUGCUCAAAAUUAUCGUAUAACCGUCUAUUUAUCUAUUUUCGAUAGAAAUCUAAAUACAUUUACGCUUCCAGAUGAAGUCUCCUUCAAUUGAAUAUAAUCCUAAUCUAAACAUAUUCGAAAAUGUCUUCGUAAUUGUGAAACAUUGUGUGAUGAAUGAUAUCCAUCUAAACUCAGUAAUAUUCUUCCGUGAGUACCCUGCAUUGAUGAUAUUGACUCAGCUACUUUAGUUGGCUUUACAAUGCUAAACUCAAAAGCAUCACUUUCCAAGAUAACUUCAUCAGAAUCAGUCUCCUUACGGCUGCAGGUUCUUUAAAAUGUAGUUUUUGCAACAAACGAGCACAUUUUCCCUGCUUUCGUUGCGUCUGCACUUCAUUGUUGAAUUUUCUCAAUGAAUUCCAAUCGCAUAGAAAACAAUGGAAAAUGCGCAUAAAUAACAUUUCAUCCAUUGCUUCAGGGCGUAAUCAACAAAGGAACGCCAAAUCUAAGCCUUACUAGUAUUAUCCUCUAAGCAUAUUGCCAACCAUACAACAAACCGAAAUACUCUCUUGGUAUUCGUUUGGAUACAAACAAACAAUGCACAUCAGCACGAUUUAGUCUAUCUUGGUGGCGACAGACAUCCCAGCACAGUGACGCAGUUAAUGCACCGCAAUGCGAUUUAUUGUCUCCAUUCUUGUAUGUUUACAUAAUUAAAACAGAAAUCGUGUUGAAUAUUUAAAUAAAAACUCGCCUGUAACUAUGUCACUGUGCACAUGAUAUCUUUAUAUUCUGUACACACAAAGAUAAACAAUAAAUUUUGCUGAAUGAGAAACAAAAAACUGAUAAGAUAAAAUAUCAAUAAGGAAAAAGUUGACCCGAGCAAGAUAAGAAUGCAAUAAGUUUUUUUUUUGUUUCCCCCUUUUUGGUAUAUGAUAAAAUAUGUAAUAUCGUAAUAUUUAUUGUAAGAUGGUAAGCGCAUGUAAGCUUUUUUUGUAAAAAAGAUUGAUGACAUUUAAAUCUGAAGAAAUAUAAAUUAUACAAAAUAAA